AUGAACCACUUCCAGGCCAUUCUGGCUCAGGUGCGGAUGCUGCUCUCCAGCCAGCAGCCCAGGCAGGUUCAGGCCCUCCUGGACAGCCUGCUGGAAGAAGAGCUGCUCUCCCGGGAAUACCACUGUGCCCUGCUCCGGGAGCCUGACAGCGAAGCUCUGGCCCGGAAGAUUUCCCUGACCCUGCUGGAGAAAGGGGACUUAGGCUUGGCUUGCUCAAGCUGGGUCUGUAGCAGGCUGCAGGACCCAGUGUUAGAGAGGGCCACCAGCUACAGGGACCAUGGAGGUCAUAGUCUGUGUGCCACCAUGGAAUUGGGGCUUCCAGAGGGCAGCUACCUGGAGCUCCUUAACAGCGAUGCUGACCCCCUCCACCUCUACCACUUGUACGACCAGAUGGACCUGGCUGGGGAGGAGAUCGAGCUCAGCUCAGAGCUGGACACAGACACCAUCAACUGUGACCAAUUCAGCAAGCUGCUGCAGGACAUGGAAGGGGAUGAAGAGACCAGGGAGGCCUAUGCCAACAUCGCGGAACUGGAUCAGUACGUGUUUCAGGACACCCAACUGGAGGGCCUCAGCAAGGACCUCUUCAUAGAGCACAUUGGAGCAGAGGAAGGCUUUGGUGAGAGCAUGGAAGUUUCUGGAGAAGAAGCACAGAGACCCCAGAAGAGACGCUCCACAGAAGAGCACCCUACGGAUUCCAAGCACAGGAAGCUAGGGCCCUCCUCUAGGUCCUCACUGAACUGUCUGGAUCUCCCCAUUGGACACAUCCAGCUUCUUCCCACUCUGCCCCAGGGACUUUUGCAAAUCUCAGGGGCUGGCACAGGUCUCUCCAGUGUUCUGAUCUACCAUGGUGAGAUGCCCCAAGUCAACCAAGCAGUCCCUUCAGGCAGCCCCACUGUCCCCAGCCUCCCCAAAUCCCCAGGGCGGCCGGGCUCCACCAGCCCCUUUGCACCAUCUGCAGCUGACCUGCCCAGUAUGCCUGAACCUGCGCUCACCUCCCGUGUUAAUGAGACGGAGGACACAACAUCCCCCUCCCCAUGCCAGGAAGGUCCUGAGUCUUCCAUCAAGCUUCCAAAAUGGCCGGAGUCUGUGGAGCGGUUCCAGCACUCCCUGCAGGACAAGUACCAGGUGGAGCCUGAGAGCCUGAGCAGUCCCCUGGUAGCCAUGGAGCUGGUACGGGCCAGGUUGGAGAGAGGCAGCAACAAGAGCCAGGAAAGGGAGCUAGCCACUCCAGACUGGACAGAGCGCCAGCUAGCCCAAAGUGGCCUAGCUGAGGUGCUUGUUGGCAGCCGCCGGUGGUCACGAGAGACACAGGUGGUCGCUGUGCUGGGCAAGGCUGGCCAAGGCAAGAGCCACUGGGCCCGGAUGGUGAGUCAGACCUGGGCCCGUGGCCAGUUGCCACAAUAUGACUUUGUCUUCUAUGUCCCAUGUCACUACUUGGAUCGUCCAGGCAACUCUUACUACCUGCGUGAUCUGCUCUGUCCCCCAAGCCUGCAGCCACUGGUCAUGGAUGAUGAGGUCUUAGGUCACAUCGUGAGGCAACCGGACCGUGUCCUGCUCAUUCUAGAUGCUUUUGAGGAGCUAGAGGCCCAAGAUGGUCUCCUGCACGGACCAUGUGGACCUCUGCCCCCAGAGCCCUGCUCCUUCCGGGGACUGCUAGCUGGGCUGUUCCAGCGGAAGCUGCUGCGUGGCUGUACCCUGCUCCUCACUGCCCGGCCCCGGGGCCGUUUGGCUCAGAGCCUGAGCAAGGCAGAUGCCAUCUUCGAAGUGCCCAGCUUUUCUAUUAAACAGGCCCAGACUUAUAUGAGGCACUACUUUGAGAACUCAGGGACAGCAGAGGACCAAGACAAGGCCCUGGGCCUCCUGGAGCGCCAGCCUUUUCUCCUCACCCACAGUCACAGUCCUGCUCUGUGCAGGGCUGUGUGCCAGCUCUCCAAGGCCCUGCUGGAACAGGGCACAGAGGCCCAGCUGCCUGGUACACUUACAGGACUCUAUGUCAGCCUGCUAGGCCCUGCAGUCCGAGACAGUCCUCCGGGGGCCUUAACUGAGCUGGCCAAGCUGGCCUGGGAGCUGGGCCGCAGACACCAAAGCACCUUGCAAGAGACCCAGUUACUAUCCGUGGAGGUGAGGACCUGGGCAGUGACCCAAGGCUUGGUGCAGCCCACUCUGGGGACCACAGAGGACCAGCUGGCCUUCUCUAGUUUUCUGCUACAGUGCUUCCUGGGUGCUGUGUGGCUGGCACAGUGUGAUGAAAUCAGAGACAAGGAGCUGCCACAGUACCUGGCCUUGACCCCAAGGAAGAAGAGACCCUAUGACAACUGGCUGGAGGGUGUACCACGGUUUCUGGCUGGAUUGGUUUUCCAGCCUCGAACCCACUGCCUGGGAGCGCUGGUGGAGCCUGCAAUGACAGAAAAGAAACGGAAAGUUCUUACCAGGUACCUGAAGCGCCUACAGCUGGGGACGCUGCGGGCCAGCCGACUGCUGGAGCUGCUACAUUGUGCCCAUGAGACACAGGAUCCUGGGAUUUGGGAGCAUGUAACACACCAGCUCCCUGAGUAUCUCUCCUUCCUGGGCACCCGGCUUACACCCCCAGAUGUGCACAUGCUGGGCAGGGCCCUAGAGACAGCCAGCCAGGACUUCUCCCUGGACCUUCGUCAGACUGGCAUUGAGCCCUCUGGACUGGGGAACCUCGUGGGACUGAGCCGUGUCACCAGUUUCAGGGCCUCCUUGAGUGACACUAUGGUGCUAUGGGAGUCCCUACGGCAGCAGGAAGAGUCCCAGCUACUCCAGGCAGCAGAGGAGAAAUUCACCAUUGAGCCAUUCAAGGCCAAGUCUCCCAAGGAUGUGGAAGACCUGGACAGCUUGGUGCAGACCCUGAGGCUGAGAAACCCCUCGGAGGAUGCAGCUCCAGAUCUUCCUGCCAUCCGGGACCUUAAGAAGCUAGAGUUUGCGUUGGGCCCAGUAUUGGGCCCCCAGGCUUUCCCCACACUGGCAAAGAUCCUUCCUGUGUUCUCAUCCCUGCAGCACCUGGACCUGGACUCACUCAGUGAGAACAAGAUUGGGGACGACGGUGUGUCGAAGCUCUCAGCCACCUUUCCUCAGCUCAAGGUCCUGGAGACGCUCAACCUGUCCCAGAACAACAUCACCGAUGUGGGUGCCUGCAAGCUUGCAGAAGCCCUGCCGGCCCUAGCCAAGUCCCUCCUGAGGCUGAGCUUGUACAAUAACUGCAUCCGUGACGCAGGAGCCAAGAGCCUGGCACAAGUGCUUCCGGACAUGGUGUCCCUGCGAGUGAUGGAUGUCCAGUUCAACAAGUUCACGGCUGCCGGUGCCCAGCAGCUGGCCUCCAGCCUUCAGAAGUGCCCUCAAGUGGAAACGCUGGCAAUGUGGACACCUACUAUCCCCUUUGGGGUUCAGGAACACUUGCAGCAGCUGGAUUCCCGGAUCAGCCUAAGAUGA